AUGAGCAAGCCCAAGCCAGCAAGCACUUCCAGUGCAGAGUCUGAAACAAUGGCAAAGGGUGGCAACGCCGACAGCUUGUUUGCGCUCCAGAAAGAUCUUCACAGUCAGCUCAAUCAACUCCAAGUAAACUUCAAGAAGGACAGCACGUCUCGGAAAACUAAGCCCUAUUUCCAACUGCGCCUUUCCAAACUCAACUUAAUAAGCCAGCAAUUCAACAAGAAUCAUCAAGAGUUUGUAAGCGCUGGCUACCCCACACACCCUUACUUCGACGAUAAUUUAGCGGACCAGUUCGAAGAGGAAUUUAUCACAGCGUUCUGUUUAAUCUCUACGGAGUCCGAAACACUUUUCCCCACUCAGCGUGCGCCGAGCAACAAGCGACACCUGUUCCUAAAAUGCUCGGCCCUGAACCAGGCGUUGUCAAAUAUUCAGCGAUUCCAUUUUCUCAAGCAAGCACUGCCUAAAGAGCAGGACCAAGAUGUACACCAAAUGGAACUAACGGAUGGCGCCUACACAAUCGCAUGGGAUCUCAUCAUCAAACGCGAUGAUAACCCCCGUUUACAAUUCAUGCACCACAUGAACGCCCUCUACGACUUACCCUUUAUCUCAAGGGAAAGCUCAUCAGAGAUCGAACAUAUGCUGAACGUAACCAACGUAUGCAUCAACGAGUUCAAUCGUCUCAAAACGAAUAUCCAUUCUAGCACGCAAUGGAUAGUCCAUCAUUUGAUCGCUAGAUUACCUACGACAACUGUACAAGCCUGGGAGCAUUGCUUGGGAAACUCCAGCGACAUUCCGAGUUUCCUCGACUUGAAAACCUUCCUCAACAAUCGCCUCGUCAGCAUGAACAUCAUUGAGAACCGGAAAUGUUCACAGCCCACGCACAACUCUACGAUCAACAAAUCGACAAACUAUCCACGCCAAAAUCCCAAGCAAAAGGGUUCCGGCUUCUACAAGGGCAGCACGUUCCACACCACGACUGGAACCAGCGGUCCCAUCUCUUGCCCCAUCACCGAUUAUUCAGAACGCAGCAAGCGAGAGCUCCGAUCUUGCUCAUCCUCCCGAUUCCACUACAGUGCUGAUGGCCACUGCCGCGCAGUCAACUCGAUCCAUUUUGCUCUAGUACAACUACAUAAUAACAGCACCGGACAAACUGCCGUUAUUCGAGCCUUGAUCGAUCAUGGCUCUGAGGGCACGUUAAUCACAGAACGUGCCGCUCAGUUGCUGGGACUUCCACGUCACCAAGUCACAGCACAGAUCACCGGGGUCGGUGAUAACCCAAAGAACAUCUGUAGAUUUAGUACAGAGUUCUCCAUAAGCUCAUGCACGGACCCUCAAUUUCACCAUCUGGUGCAACCAGCAAGCAAUGUCAACGUGGACACUUGUCAGCAUCUUCAGGGAUUACACUUGGCCGAUCCCACCUUUACCAGGCCAGGCCGCAUCGACGCGUUAUUUGGAGUAGAUCUAAUACCAUAUUUGUUGCUGCCAGAUUUACGGAAAGGAGCUUCAAAUCAACCUAUUGCUCAACUCACUCAAUUGGGUUGGAUCGUGUUUGGCCAUUGCAAUGAAACAAGGGCAAAUGUGGUAACCAUUCGUUGCCAUCAGACUAAUCUGGAUGCACUGGUAAAGGGUUUCUUCGAUCUUGAUCAAAUCAGCUCUGAGAGGACCUUAACAGCAGAAGAACAAUGGUGUGAGGAUCAUUUCCAGCGCACCUGCAUCCGACAACCCAAUGGAAAAUACCUGGUCCGGCUUCCGUUAAAAACUGAAUUUGACAAGGAACAAGUCAUCGGAAAGUCUCACCAAAUCGCACUCAAUAGAUUCCAUCUCUUGGAACGUCGGCUAAACAGAAACGACACACUUAAACAACAAUAUCACUCCACCAUUAAGGAAUAUUUUGUUCUUAAGCAACUCUCCAAAGUCACUACCGCAGAAACUCGACAUCAAAUGAUCACUCCAAGAGGUCAACAGUAUUUCUCAUCAUGUACUCUCCCACACCACGCCGUGAUAAAGGAGGACAGUACAGCGACCAAAGUUCGGGUGGUGUACGAUGCAUCAUGUACCCCUUCGAACGGAAAAUCCCUUAACGACAUAUUGUGCAUCGGCCCACCGCUACAAAACGAUUUAGGAGGAGUCAUCAUGAAAUGGAGGCUACAUCGUUACGUGUUUGCAGCAGAUAUCCAACGAAUGUAUCGCUGUAUCGACAUGCACCAGGAGGAUGCUCAAUUUCAACGCAUCUUAUGGAGGAAUGAUCAAAACGAAAUAGCCGAGUACAGCCUAAAUACUGUCACCUCUGGGACUGCAUCAGCACCGUAUACAGCCAUACGCAGUAUUCUAAAGGACAUCUGGCAGUGGCGACCCGAGACAUCCGACAAGACCGAACCCGCUCUCGAUUGGGACGCCCGUUACCCCCAAUACUUCAAGCCCGAUGUGAAGAAUUUCGACAUCAUUUACCAAACAUUGAACAGUUGA